CGUCUCUCUCUCUCUAGGCUCUUUCCUUUUAACCGAUAUAUAAAACGUUCGUCUUCCUUAAUUCGCACGAAUCUCGUUGUCAAUCAUCGCCGAGACGACAUCCUCGUCGGUCCUCGUCCUCCUUUUUCUCUCACGCCAUUUUCGCUUCGCUCGAAGCGCCUUUUGAGCAGGGACUCAGGUCUCUUGAGUGGCUAGAUUCUCGUGAUCCGCUGCUUCUAUUUGAUUCUUCUCGCGGUUCGUCACACCGACGCGCUUUGUUUCUCGCCACUCCGGGUUUCGCGUGUUUUUCCCAGGCUACUUUUCAGGUCUACUGCACUUUCAUCGGGGCUCUUUUCAACUAAAAUGGAGGGCAGGCGACUCAAAAGUUGUUGAAACAGAUGCGGAGCAUCCCGUGCUUUCCAUGUUGUAAACACGCGCUGAGAAGAUUGUUGAGGAAAUGGGGAAUCAUACACGCAGUGCUGGGUGUAAAAAAUCAAAUGACACCAUGAGGCUGAUAAUAACAACAUUUUUCGGAGUUGUGUUUGGUUUCUUCAUUGGGGUGUCUUUUCCUACAUUGUCUCUAAUUAAGUUUAAUCUUCCAACCAGCCUUCAAACGGCUGUUGAUGUCAAGUAUUCGGAAGACCCAAAAACAGGGCUCUCGACCCAAACGAUUCUAAAUUUGUCUGGUGAGAAGGGUUAUAAUAGCAGCUCAGAUCAAGCUCAAAAUGGUACAUCUAAGAUUUGGGUCCCUUCAAAUCCCAGAGGUGCAGAAAGACUGCCACCGGGAAUUGUCACUGCAGAGUCAGAUUUUUAUCUGCGCAGACUGUGGGGUAAGCCAAGUGAGGACUUAGCCAUUAAACCGAGGUACCUAGUGACCUUCACUGUUGGUUAUAAUCAGCGGUUGAAUAUUGAUGCUGCCGUUAAAAAGUUUUCAGAGAACUUUACCAUUCUCUUGUUCCACUACGAUGGAAGAACAACUGAAUGGGAUGAAUAUGAAUGGUCCAAGAGGGCCAUACACGUGAGCGUUAGGAAGCAGACAAAGUGGUGGUAUGCCAAGCGGUUCUUGCAUCCUGACAUUGUGGCACCUUAUGACUACAUUUUCAUAUGGGAUGAGGACUUAGGGGUUGAGCAUUUUAAUGCAGAAGAAUACAUAAAAUUGGCGAGAAAGCACGGCUUGGAGAUCUCGCAGCCAGGUCUGGAGCCUAACAAAGGCUUAACAUGGCAGAUGACUAAAAGAAGAGGUGAUCGAGAAGUUCACAAAGAAACAGAGGAGAAACCUGGCUGGUGUACUAGUCCCAGUCUGCCCCCAUGUGCAGCGUUUGUUGAGAUAAUGGCUCCAGUUUUCUCACGAGAUGCUUGGCGCUGCGUGUGGCAUAUGAUUCAGAAUGACCUAGUCCACGGAUGGGGUCUCGAUUUUGCUCUCCGGAAAUGUGUAGAGCCAGCACACCAGAAGAUAGGAGUAGUAGAUGCUCAGUGGGUUGUUCAUCAAACAAUCCCCUCACUGGGGAACCAGGGAGAAGCACAAGAUGGGAAGUCACCAUGGCAAGGGGUCAGAGAGAGGUGUAGGAGGGAGUGGGGCAUGUUUCAGAGACGGAUGGAUAAUGCGGAAAAGGCCUAUUUUCGGUCGAUUGGAAUGGAUCCUUCGCAGAUGAAAUCUCACUAGGGAUUCGAAUCGCGGCAGUGGAUUCUUGCAAGAUCAUACUCAUGGUGAUUGACUAGAGCAUCGCAUAUAGUUGUAUAUCCCAUUAAUUCGCCGCAGCAGCGCUAUUGAUUCACCAAUGAUAGAAUAUUUCUUGCUAUCAGUUGAGAAAUUGCUUCAACGUCUUUCAAGAGUUUAGUUGGAUUAGUGCCAAUUUUCA